AUGCAAAACGGUAUCACAGUGAGCAUCGAGAAUCACAAAUUGUGGGAGAAAUUUCAGCCACUUGGAAAUGAAAUGAUCAUCACGAAAGUUGGGAGAAAAAUGUUUCCACGAUUGGAGUACAAUAUUCGAGGAUUAGAUCCAAUCGGGUUGUAUCAAGUUUUCCUCUAUCUUCGCAGAGCUGACGAUUUUCGAUGGAAGUAUAACGGUGCAGCAAAAUGGCAAAAGGCUGGUCCGGGCGAGCCACCCGAGCACUCAGAUCCUCGAGCGAUUCCCUGGAAUGAUAAUAAUGGUGCAUCAAUUGGGCGAGAGUUGAUGGAAAGGCCAUUGAUGUUUGACACGUUCAAAAUGACCAACAACAUUAUUGAAAGAGAUCGAAAACCGGGCCUUGUUUACGUCCAAUCAAUGCAUCGCUAUUUGCCCGAAUUGCGAAUCUACCGUCUUGGCCCAAAUGGAGCAACCACCCUUGUUCACGAGUUCUGUACGAGUCUUACUGAGUUUUUUGCUGUCACUUGCUAUCAGAAUCCAGAAGUUACGAAAGAAAAGAUCGCUUUCAAUCCGUUUGCUAAAGGAUUUCGGGAAAGUAAUGGAAGGAAACGAUCGCAUACACCACCAUCAGAAGAUGGAAGUUCAAAUUCAAUUCGUGGAACACCCACCGAACCAGGUCUUCAUGCUGAGGAGAAGAAAUUCUCGCCAACGAUCGGAAACGGUCCGCCGAUUGAGUGGGUGAAUCACCCCUAUCCAAUGCCACAUCAUCCGCUUCCUCCUGCAGCAACCACUCAACCCAUGCCUUGGCCGACAACAUCUUGGCAUCCAAUGCCUCAACAUCCGCCACUCUAUCAAUUCAACACGACUUUCAAUCUUCCACCGGUCUGGCCCAGUUAUCCAGGAAUGAUGGAGAGUGGUGGUUAUUGGAAUAUGGCUCCUCCAAGUGGGAUCCCAGCGGGGAUUCCACCUGCGUUUUCCCGUCCACCCCUCAUCCUUCCGCAUCAUUCCGAUUCCGAUAAUGAUGAACCCGCUCCGCCUGCUAACUUCACCCUCUUAGCA